AUGCGUUACAUUCUUCCACUGUUGAUCGUUGCAGUCUUUGCGGUCUUAAGUGGCACAGCCUCGUCAACAGCUUUGAAGGAAGCCAAAAAUGAUAUCAAUGACAACAAUGACAAGUCCACUGCGCUGACCGCGCCUCAAAGCGCAAUCGUUACCACGAGGCAAUUGCAAUCUCCGACAGCCGGCGAAGUUGAGGAAGAACGAGCCUGGCCAAUCAUUCGUCAAGCUCAGAGCUAUCUGAAAUCAUUCUAUGAAUGGAUUAAACAUUUCUUUAAAGCAAUGUUUUUAGUCGAAACGCCAGCGUCGAGAAAAUGGUACCAUUUCCGCCAACAUCUUAGGAGCAUGAGGAGAGGCAGUCGAAGAAUGUACUAUGACACAAUGGGGAGGAUUAAAUCAUGGUUCACGAGAGCGGGUCAUUCCAUAUCAGAGGAUUCCCAGAAAGCCAAGCACUCAGUAAGCGAAGGCCUCCAAAAGGGAUCGCAUCGGGUUGGUGAAAAGUUUGAGUCAUUGAGACAUUCAGUGACAGAGCAAGCUCAAAAGGCAGGACACAUGGCCGAUAGGGGAUCUAAGCGAACUUGGAAUUUCAUGAAGACAGGUCAUGCUUAA